GGCGGAGGGACGCGCGGAGAUGACGCAGGCAGCACCGGAAGCCGCUCCCCUGUGAGGUUGCAGACCCCGAGCGGCGGCCGCUGGUCCAGGCGCCAUGGCUGCGGAGCGGACCCGGCCGCUGCGAGGCUCUGGCGGCCCGAGCGCGCCUAGUCGGUGUGAGCCCGGCGCGAGGUCCCGGGCCCCGGGGCGCUCGCUCAGGUAAAUUUUUCCAUAACCUUAUGGAGAGAAAGGACUUUGAGACAUGGCUUGAUAACAUUUCUGUUACAUUUCUUUCUCUGACGGACUUGCAGAAAAAUGAAACUCUGGAUCACCUGAUUAGUCUGAGUGGGGCAGUCCAGCUCAGGCAUCUCUCCAAUAACCUGGAGACUCUCCUCAAGCGGGACUUCCUCAAACUCCUUCCCCUGGAGCUCAGUUUUUAUUUGUUAAAAUGGCUCGAUCCUCAGACUUUACUCACAUGCUGCCUCGUCUCUAAACAGUGGAAUAAGGUGAUAAGUGCCUGUACAGAGGUGUGGCAGACUGCGUGUAAAAAUUUGGGCUGGCAGAUAGAUGAUUCUGUUCAGGACGCUUUGCACUGGAAGAAGGUUUAUUUGAAGGCUAUUUUGAGAAUGAAGCAACUGGAGGACCAUGAAGCCUUUGAGACCUCAUCGUUAAUUGGACACAGUGCCAGGGUGUAUGCACUUUACUACAAGGAUGGACUUCUCUGUACAGGGUCAGAUGACUUGUCUGCAAAACUGUGGGAUGUGAGCACAGGACAGUGCGUUUAUGGCAUCCAGACCCACACUUGUGCAGCAGUGAAAUUUGAUGAGCAGAAGCUUGUGACAGGCUCCUUUGACAACACUGUGGCCUGCUGGGAAUGGAGUUCUGGAGCCAGGACCCAGCACUUCCGGGGGCACACAGGGGCGGUGUUUAGUGUUGACUACAAUGAUGAACUGGAUAUCUUGGUGAGUGGCUCUGCAGACUUCACUGUGAAAGUAUGGGCUUUAUCUGCUGGGACGUGCCUGAACACGCUCACCGGGCACACGGAAUGGGUCACCAAGGUGGUUUUGCAGAAGUGUAAAGUCAAGUCUCUUUUGCACAGCCCUGGAGACUACAUACUCUUAAGUGCGGACAAAUAUGAGAUCAAGAUUUGGCCGAUUGGGAGAGAAAUUAACUGCAAGUGCUUGAAGACAUUGUCUGUCUCUGAGGAUAGGAGUAUCUGCCUGCAGCCAAGACUUCAUUUUGAUGGCAAAUACAUUGUCUGUAGUUCAGCGCUGGGUCUCUACCAGUGGGACUUUGCCAGUUAUGAUAUUCUCAGGGUCAUCAAGACUCCUGAGAUAGCAAACUUGGCCUUGCUUGGCUUUGGAGAUAUCUUUGCCCUGCUGUUUGACAACCGCUACCUGUAUAUCAUGGACUUGCGGACAGAGAGCCUGAUUAGCCGCUGGCCUCUGCCAGAGUACAGGAAAUCAAAGAGAGGCUCAAGCUUCCUGGCGGGCGAAGCAUCCUGGCUCAAUGGACUGGAUGGGCACAAUGACACGGGCUUGGUCUUUGCCACCAGCAUGCCUGACCACAGUAUUCACCUGGUGUUGUGGAAGGAGCACGGCUGACGCCACGAGCUUACCACCGCUGACUUGACUUUGGGUGCCGGGGCUGCGGGUUUUCAGUGCAACCUCUGUGGCAGCCGACUGCAUGAACCAAAGUUCUCACCUAAUGGUAUCAUCGCGCAGUGCACAAUCAUUUAUCCAUGUUUGCCAGGGGGCCAGGGCUCGGGGCGGGGGAGGGCUUGUUUUAUUGACAUACAGCACAGCAUGCUAGUGGGGGUACGCCAUUGACUUCAUUUGUACUUAGUUAUGUUGGUCAAUAGAAGAGGAUGCAUUUUGGGUUCAUCUUUCUUGAAUAUUGGUUUUAAGUAAAGAAAGUUAAAUGGCUCAUUAAUCUGCUAAUUGGUUGCCUAUAAAAACACAUUCAGUCUAUUAUUAAAGCUUUUUACCAUCGCCUUUUUUUCUUUUGAAGUUGAAGCAAAGGUGCUAUGAUGUUGUUCCAGCAACUUCUCUCACGUGGGGCUUAGCUUUUAUAAUAGCCAGUGUUACAAAGACCACCGAGUCCUGUGACAUUCAUAAACUCUCCACCACAUACCAGUUCUAAAGAAGGUCUGUCUUCCAGGGCGUAUCAAGUUCUAUAAAUUGUUCACAACACAUUCUAAACCCUAGUACUUGGCAGAGUCAGGGUUGGCCAGGUCUGAGAUGUAAGGGAGGUCUAUGGUUUUCGUUUGCGUGUGGAGCAAGCUGGCCAUCGGUCCCCUGCCGCCUGGGUGAGUGCACACAGGUGACUGGUACAGUAGAAAGGGCACUGAGCUGGAAGGUCGAAGACUGGCCCUGUUACCUAGGAACCCUGCGACCUCACUAGAUCACUUCCCUGGGCCCCAUUUUCCCUGUCUGUAUAGCCAGGUGUUAAGCUAAGGGAUUUCUGAGGUUUUGGUCCUGCAUCUACUGAAGUGUGGGAAAAAGUUGGUAUUUCAGUUUUGUCUGAUUCAUGGUUUCUUUUGGGUUGAAGAUAAUAGUUAAAUGAAAUCAUUGGUACAGAGUUAUUAUCUAUAAGGGAGUCAGAUGGACCCAGGGGAAAUGUAGAAAAUAUAACAGAUUCCCUAGAAUGUUAGCAUUUGGAUGUUAGCAGAUUGGAUGUUAGCAACUGGAUGAAAUGCUGAGGAGAAUCUUGGUUCUUUAAAAAGACAGUGGGCUGUCUUCGAAGGAAAGGUACCUGAACCUACCUUGUUCUUCCUCCUUUGCCUCUAACUUGACACGUGGCUUCAGGCUGGUUAACUUUUUAUCCCUGGGCCUAGAUUAGGGUUUACAAACUCAGAUGCCCAGGGCAGCCAUGCAGAUAACAUAAAUGGCUGAAAGGUGUUAGGGUUGUGCUGAAUCACGGAAAGCGUAUUUGAUGGGGCAGUCACUCAGCUCUCAGUGGUGGUGGGUC